GCCCAGCGCUCUGCCUUUAAGGAGCGGGCGGGGAGCCGAGGGGAGGAGGGCGCCCGGCGGAGCGUUGAAUGGGGCGCCGCAAGGCUCGGCGGGGCUUUGUGCAGCGAGCCCGCGGGCACCCCUCCCGCUCCAGCCUCGCCCCGCCCCGCAGCCCGCGACCCCUGCUGCCGGGGAGCGGAGAACCGGCGGCAGCCCGGGACUCCGGCGAGAGCGACGCAAGGUCGGCGGCGGCGGCGGCCCGAGGGCGCCCGUGUGCCCGGUGCGCGGCGGGGACGGCCGCGAGCUCGCUGGAGGGCUCCCUGGAAUAAUCCAGAAGUCGAUUCCAUCAUGGCAGAACUCAAGGUGGAGGCGCUGGCCAGUGUAGACUGGCAGAAACGCUGCCUGACCCUGGAAACCCAGCUUUUCCGGUUCCGCCUACAGGCCAGCAAGAUAAGGGAGCUGCUGGCUGACAAGCAGAUGCAGGAGCUGGAGCAGAGGCUGCUGGAGGCAGAGCAGAGAGCAGAGAACGCCGAGACCCAGGUGGGUGUCAUGGAAGAGAAGGUAAAACUAUCCAAUCUGAAGAAUGUAGACUCUGAGGGGAGCCUGCACCGGAAAUACCAAGAAUUGCUGAAAGCCAUAAAGGGCAAAGAUGAGCUCAUCAGCCAGCUGGAGGCUCAGCUGGAGAAGCAGAAGCAGAUGAGGGCAGAGGAGGCAAAAACUGUUCAAGAAAAAGCUGCAAAGAUCAAGGAAUGGGUGACGCUCAAGUUGGCAGAGCUUGAGAUGGAGAAUCAGCAUCUGAAAAGCCAUAAUCAGCGCCUGGUGGAGCAGGUGGGAUCCCUUCAAGAUGCGCUAGAAGCUAUUCAGAUAGCUCCUUCACGGAAGCUGCUGGUGCCCCCCCACGGAGCUGCAGAGCAGGAUUCUGUCCCUUCAGAGCCGGGAAUCCAGCCUAUGGGCCAGGACAGUGGCUCCCAGGCCCAGGGUCUGAAGGCAGCUGUGCUUGCACCUUCCCCAGGUGCCCUGCAGAGCAAGGACUCUGUUUCUGAAGCAGCAAGCCCCUUGGAGGAUUCUAGUUCCAGCACGGUCCAUUCUGGGGAAACGGUAGAGGCCAAGCCCCUUCAACCUCAUCUGGGAAGAGAGAGCCCUCCCCACCAGCCACGCAUGAAGCUUCUUACCUUCAGAUGUGGUUCAGCUUCCUGGGGUGAGGGUCUGGUUACUGCUCAGAGAGGGAUGCUCCCUGGGACAAGGACCUCUGCCAGGGAAGGUGGUCCUGGCAGCAGUCUGACCCUACCAAAGGUGUGGGCUCCUGGCACCCCGCGAGACAGCAUCCAGUUGACCAAAAGGCACCACAGCCAGCCCCAGGUAGGCCGUGGGCACUUUGACCAUGUGGUGAGCAUUGAGACUGGGGCCUUCUCAGCCCUCCACCCCUCUGGCCUUCCUGAGCUGGAGUCCCGAGCUAGAUACCGGGAGGAACCAGAGAAGAUGGAGAUGGAGGAGCUACCCCCAGCAGGGAAGAAUGAGGAAAGAGAGAGCCCGAAGGCCCUUGGAGCUGAGCUGGAGGAAGUGGAGCUGGGUAACAAGCCACCUACACCCCCGCUGCACCAGUUUUCAUCCUGGGAGAGCCGGAUCUACGCUGUGGCCACAUGGGGCAUGCGGCUCUCAGAUGUGUCUCCCAGAAGUAAUACUGCGUGCUGCGCUUCAAGCCCUCCUGCCCUUGCUUCCCCUGGGUCUUUCUCUGGCCUGGUCUACAAGAAUGUCACUGUGCCUGUCUACACAGCACUGAAGGGGAGAGCCACGCAGAUCAGCAACAUGCCCUUUAUGGACGAGUCCUCUGGGUCUGAUGAUGACUGCAGCUCUCAGGCGAGUUUCCGAAUCUCGGUCCCCUCCUCUGAGUCCAGGAAGACCAGCGGACUAGGCAGCCCCCGGGCCAUCAAGAGAGGCGUCUCCAUGUCCUCACUGAGCUCAGAGGGUGACUACGCCAUCCCCCCGGACGCCUGCUCGCUGGACAGUGACUACUCAGAGCCUGAGCACAAACUGCAGCGCACCUCAUCCUACUCCACCGAUGGGCUGGGCCUGGGCGGGGAGUCACUGGAGAAGUCGGGCUACCUGCUGAAAAUGGGGAGCCGGGUGAAGACGUGGAAGAGGCGCUGGUUUGUCCUGAGACAGGGACAGAUUAUGUACUACAAGUCCCCGAGUGAUGUCAUCCGGAAACCUCAAGGCCAAGUGGAUCUGAACUCCUGCUGCCAAAUUGUUCGAGGGGAGGGUUCACAGACGUUUCAGCUCAUCUCUGAGAAGAAAACCUACUACCUGAUGGCUGAUUCACCCAGCCUGCUGGAGGAGUGGAUCCGAGUACUCCAGAGCCUGCUGAAGGUGCAGGCCACCGGGCCUCCAGCUCUGUCUCGGGGUGGCACCAAGCCCACCGUGAAGGGCUGGCUGACCAAGGUAAAGCAUGGCCACUCCAAGCUGGUCUGGUGCGCUCUUGUUGGGAAAACCUUCUACUACUAUCGGAGCCAUGAGGACAAGCGACCCCUGGGCUGCCUGCCUGUGCAGGAUGCACGCAUAGAGGAAGUAGAUCGAUCCUGUGACUCAGACGAGGACUAUGAGGCUGGUGGAACCAGACGGUUGCUUUCCUCCCACUGCACCCUGGUGAUCCACCCCACAGAGCACAGCCCCACCUACCUCCUCAUUGGCACCAAGCAUGAAAAGGAUACGUGGCUCUACCACCUCACAGUGGCUGCAGGUGGCAGCAGUGCCAGGGUGGGCACUGCCUAUGAGCAGCUCAUUGGAAAACUGAUGGAUGGUGAAGGAGACCCAGAUUCGCCGCUCUGGAGGCACCCCAUGCUGUGCUACAGCAAAGACGGCCUAUACGCCUCCCUCACCACCCUGCCCUCUGAGGCCUUGCAGACGGAGGCCCUCAAGCUCUUCAAGUCCUGCCAGCUCUUCAUCAACGUGCCAGUGGAAGCUGCCUCGGUGGACUACCAUGUGUCCCUGGCCCAGACUGCACUGCAGGUCUGCCUGGUUCACCCCGAGCUGCAGAGUGAGCUCUACUGCCAACUCAUGAAGCAGACCAGCUGCCGCCCACCUCAGAAGUACUCCCUCAUGCAGUGCUGGCAGCUCCUCGCUCUGUGUGCUCCACUUUUCCUGCCUCAGCAUCACUUCCUCUGGUAUGUCAAGCAGCAGCUCCAACGCCAUGCAGAUCCCAGAAGUGAAACUGGCCAGUAUGCCACCUACUGCCAGCGGGCAGUGGAGCGGACCCUGCGGACCGGGGAGCGGGAAGCCAGGCCGUCGCGCAUGGAAGUGGUGUCCAUCCUGCUGCGUAACCCCUUCCACCACUCUUUGCCCUUCAGCAUCCCUGUACACUUUACCAACGGGACUUACCAGGUGGUUGGUUUUGACGGCUCCUCCACGGUUGAUGAGUUCCUCCAGCGGCUGAACCAGGAGACAGGCAUGAGAAAGCCAUCCCACUCUGGCUUUGCCCUCUUCACGGACGAUCCCUCGGGCAGGGACCUGGAGCACUGCCUGCAGGGAAGUGUCAAGAUCUGCGAUGCCAUCUCCAAGUGGGAACAAGCCAUGAAGGAGCUGCACCCCGGAAAGUCUGAGGGUGGGACACGCGUCGUGAAGCUGAUGUACAAGAACAGGCUGUACUUUCGCAGUCAAGUCAAAGGGGAGACGGACCGAGAACGGCUGCUCCUUGCCUCUCAAACUAGUAGAGAGAUAGUGGCAGGGAGGUUUCCUGUCAACAAGGAAUUGGCUCUUGAGAUGGCUGCCCUGAUGGCCCAGGUAGAAUAUGGGGACUUGGAGAAGCCUGCCCUGCCAGGCCCUGGAGGCACAUCCCCUGCCAAGGCUCAGCAUCUGCUCCAGCAGGUCCUAGACAGGUUCUACCCCAGGCGCUACAGACAUGGGGCCCCCCCUGAACAGCUGAGGCACCUGGCAGAUAUGUUGACCACAAAAUGGGCAACAUUGCAAGGAUGCUCCCCUCCUGAGUGCAUCCGCAUCUACCUGACCGUGGCCAGGAAAUGGCCUUUCUUUGGUGCUAAACUUUUUGCUGCUCAGCCUGCCCAGCUGUCUUCCAAGGAGAACGCUCUGGUGUGGAUUGCUGUGAAUGAGGAUGGUGUCAGCAUCCUGGACCACAACACUAUGCAAGUGCACGUCACUUACCCCUACUCUUCAGUGACAACCUUUGGUGGCUGCAGGGAUGAUUUCAUGCUUGUGAUUAGAUCUAUCCCAGACAAGAGCUCUGGAAAAAGCCACAUUGAGAAGUUGAUCUUCCAGAUGGCUGCUCCCAAGAUUGCAGAAGCUACCUUCAUCAUGGCCAGCUAUAUGAACCAUUGCACUACAACUGUGAACCCACCCACCAACCCACCCGGAGCCUGCCAACUGUGGGAACUGGAUGGACGACAGUUCUUUUCUUCUGUUUCCUGUGCUACCAAGGGGCCAACGUUGCUGUGAAUAUUUCUCCUACCCAAUUCCCCACCACCACUAGUGCCUCUGGAAUUAGAGACAUAUAUCCUAGGGUAUGAUACUACUGUGAUGGGUCUAACAGCCCCCGGCUACUCUUGUUGUGUGAAAUGUGUAUUUUAGCCUCUGUGAAGCCUUUACUCUCUAGGUGCCUUAUGUUUCAGGGCUCAACUUUUUAAAAUCCAGACCCAGUGUUAAAACCACUUAUUCCUUUUUUCACAAGAAUAAUGACUCCAAAUGCUACCUGAUUCUAGACAUAGACAGGGAUGAUCCACUGUUACUGAGGGCAUCAGUGCUAUAAGUUAAGGCUUUCUGCACUGGUACUCUCAAGGAAGCUAAUUUUCUUUCUGGGUCUGCGGGGGACACAGUCUCACUAUGUCACCCAGGCUGGAGUGCACAGGGUUCAAGCAAUUCUCCUGCCUCAGCCUUCCGAGUAGCUGGGAUUACAGGUGUGCGCCACCACGCCUGGCUAAUUUUUGUAUUUUUAGUAGAGAUGGGGUUUCACCAUGUUGGCCAGGCUAGUCUCGAACUCCUGACCUCAGGUGAUCUGCCCACCUUGGCCUCCCAAAGUGCUGGGAUUACAGGCAUGAGCCACCGCCCAGCCCAGAAGCUAAUUUUUUAAUAUUGUAUAUGGUCUUAUUUAUACUUGAAGUUUUGUGAACGUCGCUAAACAGGAUAGGACUAAAAUUUCCAAUUCUCCUACACUCUGUCAGAAGCCUAGAACUCACUAAAUUGGGCUGCCUCUCCCAAAUGGGAAAGGUGCUAGCAGAGUUGGCGAAAAAAGAAUAGACUCACUUUUCCCCAUUAUUGGUAUGUAGGCAUUGGUACAGCCCCUUCUGGGGCAGUCUUUGCAGGGUAACAUGCUAUCCCUGCUAAGAUUCAAGCUGUUUUCCUCACACUGGACUGUAGGCCAAACCCAGUACCACGCAAUGUGCAAGCAAGGGCAGGAGGUAGGUCCAAUCUGACCCUUCCCUGUCUCAUUUUAAUGACUGGACAGCGCUCAGUGAAGGCUGUGUUCACUGUAGUGGGCCAUCAUUUGUUUCCUUGUUCUUGUAAAAGACCAAGCAAAUGCACUCUGCUUUUUGCUGCUGUAAGACCACCAAAAAUGAGUCAGAAACACAGAAGACUAUUUCAGGCAUGUGGGCCUGGAUAUGCUCCUUGAGACUUCUGGCAAACUUCUGCUGGGAAUUAGUUUGAGGGUGAGGGUACAUAUGUGACAUUUGCCCUAGCCUAAGAGUAACAGGUAAAAGAAAGUUUCUUUCAGCUUUUGCCUUACUGAUAAUACCAUAAUCCCCCUCAAUUCAGACCUUCUGAUUGAGUGCAGAGGAGACUAGACAGUCUCCUCUAGACAGGGUGUAGAUACACCCUCCCCUAACAAAAACAAAACGAAAGAGUUCAUACUCUGAUUUUCCAACAUCUAAGAAAAUGAGUUUUAUUUCCUAGCUCUAAGGCAGCCUUACUAUGUGUCAGUGAAGUGCUGAAAACUGUAUAUUUAGCAGUAGCACCCAAAACCAAGCCUUUAAACCCCAACAAUGUGUGUAUAUUGUGCACAGCAAAAACUGCGAGGCCAGAACUAAUUUAUCUGAACACCUCAGCUGCUGUAAGCUUCUCUUCUCUCACCCCGUAAACUGACAAGCAUGAUGAAAAAAGAAGCACAUCCAAGUUUCUGCCUCUUUUAAAUGUACUUGACUUUGCAAGGCAAGUAGUUUUACAGCCAUUUCUGUUCACACCUUUCACCCCAGGACUUGGGAAUCUAGCUGAGACAUUUCUACCUCGAACAAGUCACAUGUACCACAGGUUCCUGAAUAAUUCCUGCAAGGCUGGUGACAGACAUAACAGCUCUGGUUUUAUAAUAUCUUGGGUAUCUCUAAGGCCAAUAAGGAUAACAUUAUCUACCCAGAGAGUUUAAAAGAAAAGUAGGAGUCCGAAGGAAGAGUAAACAAGAAUGGAGCUGUAUUCACACUGAAUUUGGGGUCAGUCUAUUUCCCCCACCCUCUCUCCUCCCCUUCAGGAACCCUUUAGUUUAUUAAUUUUAUACAGAAGAAACUGCCUUAGAAACAAAGGAUUCAAUAAUUUGCUUAUUUAUUCUUUGUUAACAUGAGAGUCCCAUGUCUGAAAACCAAAGUUCAAUUUCUGUCUGGCCUUUUGUCUCAUCCCUCUUGGCAAAAGUAGCUUUUGAACUGAUAAAAAAAAAAAAUGCUGAGUAACAGAAAAGUAUUAAUGUGCUUGACACCAUGACUGAAAUAUCUUGUUUGUCAAUAAAAAGCAGCUAUCUGUGAACCAGG